AUGGUGUUAAAACUCGAAUUCUUGGAAAGUUGGAUAUUACUAUCUUGGGAUUUGGAUGCAAGUAUAAAAAACAAUGUGGCUGCUUCUAACGCUGGCGGUUUUACUAAGGAGCCAGUCUCUUUCGAGUACGGAUUCCAGGACAAGUUCAAGAGCAUACAUUGCUGUGUCAAAGGAUACAGGAGUAUAGAAUGGUUCAAAGACGGUGUGGCGUAUCCGUGGUCGGCGGGCGUGUCGAACCUGAUCCUGUACCCGGAGGCGGCCAACCAGACGCUGUACACGCGGCGAGCCGCCCGUACCGACUCGGGCAACUACACCUGCCGCCUCAGCAACGAGACGCACAGCGUAACUCACAACGUGCGCCUGGAUAUCUUAGAAAAGCCGACAGAUGCGCCGAAAACAAUGUUCAUUUCGAAAGACCAGUGGGUGGAGGAAGGGAGCGAAGUGCGCCUGUACUGCGAAGCUCUCAUCGGGCGCUCGUACCUGGCGGACGCGCUCAGCGACCUACGGUGGUGGAAGGUCUGGCCCAACGGCACCGAGGGUGACCUACUGCCCACGCAACGCGAAAUUAAAACCUCUCGAGACGACGUGGAGGACAUAAUCGGCGCGUAUCUGAGCAUCGAGCGCGUGUCGACGCUGGACUACGGCACGUACGUGUGCGUCGUGCACAGCAACGACUUCGUGUCGCGCAGUUACGUCACGCUCCACUACAAGCCGGUCUGUCUGUACUACAAAUGUGCGGUGUACGGUGUGCAGUGUGGGGGGAGCGGGUCUGCGGCGUGGUGCGGCGGCGGCGAGGUGCCGUGGCGCGCGCUGGCGCUGGGCGGCGCGGGCGGCGCGCUGCUGCUGCUCAGCGCCGCCGCGCUGCACCGCCGCUGCACGCCGCGCCUGCUGCUCGCGGCGAGACAAGCACGCGCGCGCGCCGCCACGCCCGCGCACCGCGCUCGAGUGUUGGAAAAAGAGUUCGAUGUACUUGUAUGUUGGACGGAAGUGGACGGCGAGCUGGUGCGGGGCGCCUUACUGCCCACUCUAGCGCUCAAGUACAAAUAUCGAGUACAUGCAGUAGUACUUUCCACGCAGCCGGACAACUGGUACAGCGAGCUGGUGGGUGAAGCAUCGCGGUGCCGUUCUCUGGUGGCGGUGCUGUCUCCUGCGCAAUACACUCCUCAGCAGCUGCUCACUGCACUGCGCCAGCUGAGAGCUCUGCCUCUGCCGCCCGUUGUCGUCUUACUGCAGGACCUCCCGAAGCUGAAACGCGAGGCGAAGGAGGCGGGUGAAUGGCUGGUGGGCGCACUGCGGCGCACGCGGCUGGUAGCCUGGCGCCACGUGCACGAGCGCGCCUUCUGGACCGCGCUGCGCCUCGCACUGCCGCUGCCUCCGCCGCCCCCGCACCCGCACCCGCACCAGGAGAAACCUAACAACACGGAGGCUGAGGAAAGCAAGAGCUAUCGCUCCGGUAGUUUAACUGCGCUCGUGUGA